GCAAUCACCAAACAGCAACGCAAAAAGAAAAAAUCCGACAAAAAUCCAUUAAAUCGCAUCAAGAGGAAAUUCAGGUGAAGACUUCAAUGGCUUCGUCGAAGGAAAUGAAGGAGGAGAGAGCAGAGGCGGCGGCGGGCCUUGCUGCUUCCGAUCUGAGAGACAUUAGCAGAGCAGAGGAGCAGCACGCGGCGGUGCCAAAGACUGAGAAAAAAGCAACGGUGGAGGUCGUGGAGGCGGACCGGCCGACGGUGCAAGAUCAGCAACAGAGGUCCGGCGUGAUUGGAUCAGUGCUGAAGGCGGUGCAGGACACAUACGAACAUGCGAAGGAAGCGGUGGUCGGAAAGAGCCACGAAGAGGAGGAGAGAGGCCGAGAUGUGAAGGUCGCAUCGGCGGAGAAGGCAAGAGAGACGACGGAGGAGGCUGGGAGGAAAAUGGACGAGUACGGAAGUGCUGCGGCGGAAAAGGCAAGGGAGACGAAGGAAGCAGCUGGAGAGACAGCAGCGUCGGCGAAGGGGAAAAUGAGCGAAUAUGGAGGGAAAACAAGAGAUAAGACCGGCGAAUAUAAGGAUUAUGCGGCGGAGAAGGCGAGGGAGACGAAGGAUGCAGCGGCGCGAAAGGCAGGGGAAUACAAAGAUUACACGGCGGAUAAGACGACGGAGGCUACGGAAUCCGCUAAAGGAAAGGCCGGUGAGUAUAAGGAUUAUGCGGCUGAAAAGGCGAGGGAAGCAAAGGACGCGGGAGCGAGAAAAGCAGAGGAAUACAGAGAUUACACGGCGGAGAAGGUGAGGGAAGCGACGGAAGCGGCGAAGGGUAAGGCCGGUGAGUAUAAAGAUUACGCGGCAGAGAAGGCUAAUCAAGCGAAAGAGAAGGCAGGGGAGUAUAAGGACUAUACGGCGGAAAAGGCGAAGGAGACGAAGGAUGAGGCGGCAAGAAAAACAGGGGAAUACGGAGACUAUGCAGCGGAGAAAGCGAGGGAGACGAAGGACUACACGGCGGAGAAGGCGAAAGAAGGAAAAGACACGACGGUGAGCAAACUUGGGGAAUUGAAAGAUUCAGCAGCAGAUGCAGCAAAGAGAGCAAUGGAAUAUUUCUCUGGAAAGAAAGAGGAAGCAAAGGAGACUAAAGAUGUCGCAAAGGAAUGGCAGGAAAAGAUGGGGGAAUCGGAGGAGGACACAAGAAGAAAGAUGGAAGAUCUAAGUCUGCAGGGAGGAGGAAGGAGGGGCAGCACAGAAGAAGCAAAAGUCAGACUCGAACGUGAAAGAGGCAGUGGCGGUGAGGGAGCGGUGGUGGUAGGGCUGGAGGAGUCGCGGCCGGGGGCGUUGGCCUCGACUUUGAAGGAAGCAGACGACAUGGCGGGGCAGACGUUCAACGAUGUCGGUCGAGUGGACGAGGAAGGAGCUGUGCGCUCUAAGGAUCGUCAAGGAAAGAUGUGAAUGUGAUAUGAAAAUUCUAAGGGGAACAUUUUGUAUGUUGAUUAUCUACUGUUUCGGCUGUUGUUUACUUACCUUUUUGUUCUUUUUUCCUUUAAUAAUGAUCUUCAUAUUUUAGAAGCGUACAGUUGUUGCUUAUUUUGGACCUUUGGUUCUGCUUUACCGAUGAACUGUGUAACAAAAGAAAGAUGUUUACAUUAAUGCUUAGCAUGUUAAUGUUUCUUACA